AUGGAGACCAACGUGUCCUCUGGGAACUGCACCGACCCCCAGAUGUCCUUCCAGUCCACCCUGUAUGCCACCACCUACACCCUCAUCUUCAUCCAUGGCCUCCUGGCCAACAGUGCUGCCCUGUGGGUCCUGUGUCGCUUCAUCAGCAAGAAGAGCAAGGCUGUCAUCUUCAUGAUCAACCUGGCCGUGGCUGACCUGGCUCACGUCCUCUCGCUGCCCUUACGGACGUAUUACUACAUCAACCACACAUGGCCCUUUGGUGGUUUUCUUUGCCAGGUGUGCUUCUACCUGAAGUACCUCAACAUGUAUGCCAGCAUCUGCUUCCUCACCUGCAUCAGCAUCCAGAGGUACCUCUUCCUCCUCCACCCCUUCAAGGCCAAGGACUGGAAGCGACGCUACGACGUGGCCAUCAGCGUGGCCGUCUGGCUCUUUGUGGGGGCAGCUUGUUUGCCUCUCAUCAUUGUGAGGAGCCCAGCCUUGUCCAACAACAUCAACAGCUGCUUCUCAGACCUGGGGGUGAAGCAGCUCAGCCCAGGAGCUUCCAUUGCCCUAGUGACAGUGGCAGAGCUGUUUGGGUUCAUCAUCCCCUUCGCGAUCAUCGCGUGCUGCACAUGGAAGAUGUGGCAUUCCCUGAGGGAGUGUCCCACACAGCUGCAGAACACCAGUGAGAAGCAGAAGGCUCUGCGCAUGGUGCUGAUGUGUGCAGCUGUGUUCUUCAUCUGCUUCACCCCCUACCACAUCAACUUCCCCUUCUUCAUGAUGGUCAUCGAGAACAUCAUCUGGGAUUGUGCCGUUCACAGGAGCACGCUCCGUUUCCACCCUAUCUCCCUGUGCCUGGCCAGCCUCAACUGCUGCCUGGAUCCUGUCCUCUACUACUUCAUGACCUCUGAGUUCCAGGACCAGCUGCUGCGCCACGGCUGUGUGGCCCUUCGUGCUCGGCUCAUGCAGCGCCGGAACAGCCUCUCGGUCUCCGACAGCGGCCACGACAUCCGCACGAGGAACAGAAACCUUCCACGCCUCAGGUUCUGGGCUCUUCCCAAAUUCUUUGGGAGAAUCAACAGCAGGGAAAUCCCUCCCAUGCCACCUGAUGAGCUGCUGCUGGAGUCCAUCUCAUGA